CGAGCACAAAAAAAGACAGGCACAGAGAGGAAGGGACGUAGUCAGCCAGCAAGCGAGCUAUGUGGCAAGACAGAGUGGGAGGACGAGGCUGAAACUGACCGAUUAUUUUACCCGUCAGACACCCAGCAACGGUUGCUAAACGCUUUUGAGAUUCGAAGUCGAUUUUCGCCCUUUAACGUUAGCUACCUGGAAUGCGACAACGCAGCAGUCAACACGGCAGAGAGAUAACAAAAAGGCCAAACUCCCAGACGACAGGGACGCGUCAGUUCAAGCUGCCAAGCUGUGUUUUUCCUCCUGAACCCACCUUCUUUUUGUUAGAAGGAAGGAAGCAAAGAGAGACAACAAACCAGAGAGCUGAGAGAGAGCACCCUGACCCAGAGGAAAUAGAAACACAGGGGAGGACAGAAAGUAAAGACAGCAGAGUUCCCCAUCCAACCACCAAACUAAACAGAGGAAGGAAGGAGAGAGACAGAGGCAGCGAGAUAAACCCCGUCCUUCUAAGAGGGGAUUCUGGGUGGAAUGACCCUGUCAUGAUGCCACUGUCGUGCUACACCCCACGCCCAGGUGACCAAGGAGGGCGUGUCUGGCUAUCAGCCAACCACAGAGGGAGCCCCAACAGAAUUAUUUCCGAUUCCAGCUCAGAGACAUUUCCUCUCAAGAGCCUCCUACGUCACUGACACUUCGCCCCUCUGGUCGUAGCUUCUGUGGCCAUAUCCCACAUCUCCUGCGUCCUCUGGAGUCCUCACUGUUUCCUGACUACCUAUCUUGGGAUGUUGGCGUUGUUUUGUGGCAGCUGCCAUGGAGAUAAACGGAUUCCUUUAGUAGACCAUUUUAUACACGACCUCCAGAUGUUGUGCCAGAUGCAGGUUGUCCACACGGGCAGAAUUGGACAAGGACGGGCACAGAGGUGCUGUGCGGCUCAGCUUCCUGAUUCAUACUGUUUGACAACAUCACAGCAGGAAGUAUAGGACUUCCUAUUCCUGUGGAUCAUCUUACUCUGCCUUCUGGCACUUGUAAGGACACUACUUGACUCUGUUGCAAGUUAGUCAAGACUCUUGUCCUCCAGCAUAGAAACAAUGCGGCACAUUCACGUGGAAUUGGCCCAUAAAAAGGCUCCCUUAGAGCUUCCAGCCCAGGAGGGGGACCUGCCUCCACCUACAGCCCCAACACCGGGCCUAGACCCUGGUCUCAGACCGGGGACGCCCAGGCACUUUGGCCAGGAGGAGUUGCGGCUCCAAAAAGUCUACCAGCUCUCCAUUUUCUCCCAGUUGGGGGGAUUUUCUACCUCCACAGAAUCCCACACUGAUACCCAACAGAGGCCUGUCCGGGUGGGUGUAAAAAGGGGGCUAGAGGAGCCCCAACUGACUCAUAAGCGCCCCCACCUGGGAGACUCCCCAGACAAGGAGGCUUUGGAGGGAGGGGUGCUGUGUGGGCCAGCCCCAGCUCAAGGUGUUGGGAUGGGACUAUUGACUGGCCCUGGUGGGCCUGGUUCUGUAUACUCAUGCACACAGACGGAGCACAGAGACUCUGAGGGGGGACUGUCACCAAAGUCUCCGCCCCUCUCCCCAAGCCACAACCCUUCCCGGCGCCCAGCUCAGCACAAUCACGACAGGCCCAUUCCUGAUAUAUUUUCCCCACUCUCACCUAAAUCACCCCCAAUGUGUGACCCACAUGGACAUUUCUGUGACCAGGGCCAUUCCCUUGGUAACUCAGCCAGGACUGAGCCACCUAACGGGGGCCAUACUCCCACUUACUCAUUAGGUAGCCCUGCAAAUGAGAGCUGUAGUAACGGCUCAUCUGGGGGCCAGCCCAGCCCCCACAUAUAUGAAAUGUCCACGUAUGAGACUCCCAAUCCUGCCAGUCCCACCAGCCCUCCUGGCCCUUUCUCCCCACCGCACCACACAGAGCUGCAGGAACCAGGGGAGGCCACAGAAUGGGAAGUUGGACUCGAAUCCUCCCCACCUGAGCGAAGUGCCACCCAGGCGGCCUCCUCAUCUUCUAAUGGCCUGGCUUCCUGGGAGAAAACUCCAAGCAGUAAUGGCCACCGUCUAUCCUCUGGAGGCCACUGGCCAGCCAAAAAGAGGCUGCUGUCCCCGAGUGACACAGGCGAGUCAUGCUCAGAGGAUGAGGGACCCUCGACAUCAAAGAGAAGCAGGCUGUCACUGUUGGCUUCAGGACUCGGCCCGACCUCUUGUCGCAGCACUGAUGCUAAAGCUGCCCCUUACUGGAACCACCUGCUUCCCUCCGCCUGGGACCGGCCUAAGACCGCCACAGACUGCACAAGAUCGGGGAGACGGCUAAAAAGUGGACUGCGGCUGAAAAGUCGGCAGCUGCGCAGCGGCAGGCAUACAGACACCGGACGUUCCACACGCUCCAGUUGGCCCUCAUCUUCCAUCAGCAGAUCACUCCUUGGCAACUUUGAGGAGUCCAUACUGAAGGGACGAUUCUCCCCGUCAGGCCGGAUCGAAGGCUUCACGGCGGAGAUCGGUGCCAGCGGCUCCUAUUGCCCACAGCACGUCACCCUGCCGGUGCAGGUUACGUACUAUGACAUCUCAGAGCACAGCGCGCCCUCACCCUUCCUGGGGGUGAUAUCCCUCGAGCCUCUUGGAAAGAAAGGAUACAGCAUACCCAAAGCAGGGACCAUUCAAGUGACCUUAUUUAAUCCCAACAAAACUGUGGUGAAGAUGUUCCUGGUGACCUACAACUUCGGCGACAUGCCCGUUAAUCACAUGACCUUCCUGCGUCACCGUAUCUUCCUGGUGCCCGUAGAGGAGGGGGUUGAGGGGAAAAGCGAGGCGUCACCAGGGAGUGGAGUGCUAGACAGGAAGAAGAUUCUCUGCUACCUGAUACAUCUCAGAUUCCAGAGCUCCAAAUCUGGAAAGAUCUACUUGCACAAUGAUAUCCGGCUGCUAUUCUCCCGCAAAUCCAUCGAAGUGGACACAGGGAUCCCUUAUGAGCUGAAAUCUUUCACCGAGGUGCCAAGAAACCCUAAAUACUCCCCCCGCGUGUGACCCCAGCUUGACCUUUGACCCUCCCCGACGCCCACGCAGCCCCUCCUGUGCUUCCUAAAAAGGAGGGAGGGAAAUGGACAGUCUGCUGGAAUGAUGGACACAAAACUUGAUGGGACUUGAUGAGACACGCCACAUGCACACAAGACACACGUGAACAUAUGAUACAGUGUUGGUGAUGGUAAAAGUCCCCCUUUUAUGCAUUUGCUCUCCACUGGAAAUUCACAUAAUCAAAACAAAUUGGUGACAAAUUGUCACUAAUGCAAACAUGGCAUUCCUUGUAUCUUCCUUUCAUUGAACAUAUUAAAAAAUAGUAGAAAUAUUAGUGUAAAAGUGGUUUAGCAUGUAUGCAGUCAAAAGCAGGACUUCUACAGCACCUUUAUCUGUACAGAAAAAAGAAAUGCACAAACACUGACACACACACACAAACACACACCAAAACAGUGUGACAAGACUCACACACAUCACAGCUGAAACACUUCUGGUGGUGACUCUCUGAGUUCAGUGUUAACAUGCAUGCCUUGUGACUUAAACACCUGAAUUUUCCUCUAGUGCCGUAUCACACUGUCCUUCACUCUGCCUGCAGCUCCAACCGCCUCAUCGGACCAAUCAUUUCCAAAUAUUUCAAUAUGACAAAAGGCCACAAACAGUAAGCACAUCCCUGAAUGCGGGGUGAAGAAAAUGAUCGCCCCCUCCCCCACUUUUCACACACACACUCGCACACUUUCUGACCAGCAGAGGAGACAAGCAGAGACACAUACACUAGUGAGAGCGAAGGCUGAUUAGCCAUUUUGAUCAGAUGUUUUAUCAUUUAACAUGAUAAAAAAAACCCUACAACGACAUGAUUUGACCAAACUCAGGACAUGUGUUGAAAAAUACAUUUCUCUUCUUACCAUUUUACCUAUAAUGGCACAGACCACUGUGUACACUUCAAGCCAGGAGGGUCAUACCAUGUCAUAGAAAACAGGGGAAUCCAGUUCAUUUUAUGUAGCCAGA